UGGAUUAUGAUUUUCAAGUCCACAUUUUUCACCACAGAAAGUUUCAGAUUAGCGUGGGCAUUUGCGUCACCACAAUAAACUUCUCAUUGAUUAUUUUGUCCAACAAAAUGUUUAUUUUUGUGGUAAUUAUUCAGUCCAAGAAAGUAUUUUGAUUCCUCGUUUCCAUAUCCACGUACUACAACAACAAAUAGUAGAAUAUAACUCGGGGAGAGAGUACAAACAAGCAUUUUCUUAGCCUUUACUGGACUACUGGUAUUAUAAAGAAAGAGUGGCCUUCAGUUAUCUCAAAUCUCAAAGUCAACAGAAGCCCCUCCCAUCUAUUCAUCAAUGGCAGAAUCAACUAAGAGGUAUGCAGUUGUGACAGGAUCAAACAAAGGAAUCGGAUUCGAAACUGUAAGGCAGUUGGCCUCAAAGGGAAUCACAGUGGUGUUAACUGCUAGAGAUGAGAAGAGGGGCCUUGAAGCUGUUGAGAAACUGAAAGAUUCUGGCCUCUCAGGCCAGGUAGUCUUUCACCAACUUGAUGUGGCUGACCCAGCUAGUAUUGCUUCUCUGGCACAAUUCAUCAAAACCCAGAUCGGGAAACUCGAUAUUUUGGUGAACAAUGCAGGAAUUGGUGGAGUUAUAGUUGAUGCUGAUGGUUUUAAAGCUGCAAUUGAAUCUCGUGCUGAAGGAGGACAGAUUGAUUGGAAAAAGUUGAUGACUGAAACUUACGAGUUAACAGAAGAAUGCUUGCAAAUCAAUUAUUAUGGUGCUAAAAGAACAGCUGAAGCACUAAUUCCACUCCUCCAGCUAUCUGAUUCACCAAGAAUUGUUAAUGUUUCAUCCUCUAUGGGGAAGUUAAAGAACAUACCAAGUGAUCGAGUGAAAGGAGUUCUUAGUACUGAUGUGGAGAACCUAAGUGAAGAGAGUGUAGAUGAAGUACUGACAGAGUUUCUAAAUGAUUUCAAAGAGAAUUUACUUGAAAGCAAGGGUUGGCCUUCUAUGAUGCCAGGCUAUACAGUUUCAAAAGCAGCAAUGAAUGCAUAUACAAGGAUUCUAGCCAAGAAGUACCCCAGUUUUCGCGUCAACUCUGUCUGCCCUGGCUAUGUCAAAACAGAUAUAAACUUCAAUACUGGCAUCUUGCCUGUUGAAGAAGGUGCUGCCAGUGUCGUGAAUUUAGCAUUGCUGCCUAAUGAUGGCCCCACAGGCCAAUUCUUUGAUCGGUCUGAAGUACAAAGUCUUAUGGCAGAAUCAACUAUGAGGUAUGCAGUUGUGACAGGAUCAAACAAAGUAAUCGGAUUUGAAACUGUAAGGCAGUUGGCCUCGACUGGAAUCACUGUGGUGUUAACUGCUAGAGAUGAGAAGAGAGGCCUUGAAGCUGUUGAGAAGCUGAAAGAGUCUGGCCUCUCGGGCCAAGUAGUUUUUCACCAACUUGAUGUGGCUGACCCUGCUAGUAUUGAUUCUCUAGCACAAUUCAUCAAAACUCAGUUUGGGAAGCUCGAUAUAUUGGUGAACAAUGCUGGAAUUUUUGGAGCUAUAGUUGAUGUUGAUGGUUUUAAAGCUGCAAUUGCAUCUGGUGCUGUAAGGGAAGCAGGACAGAUUGAUUUCAAAAAGUUGUUGACUGAAACUUAUGAGUUAGCAGAAGAAUGCUUGCAAAUCAAUUAUUAUGGUGCUAAAAGAACAACUGAAGCCCUGAUUCCACUCCUUCAGCUAUCUGAUUCACCAAGAAUCGUUAAUGUUUCAUCCUCUAUGGGGAAAUUAGAGAACAUACCAAGUGAUCGGGUGAAAGGACUUCUUAGUACUGAUGUUGAGAACCUAAGCGAAGAGAGUGUAGAUGAAGUAUUGACAGAGUUUCUAAACGACCUCAAGGAGAGUUUACUUGAAAGCAAGGGUUGGCCUUCUGCGAUGUCAGGCUAUAUACUCUCAAAAGCAGCAAUGAAUGCAUAUACUAGGAUUCGAGCCAAGAAGUACCCCGGUUUUCUCGUCAACUCUGUCUGCCCUGGCUAUGUCAAAACAGAUAUAAACUUCAAUACUGGUGUCUUGCCUGUUGAAGAAGGUGCUGCAAGUGUUGUGAAUUUAACAUCGCUGCAUAAUGAUGGCCCCACAGGCCAAUUCUUUUUUCGGUCUGAAGUACAAAGUCUUUAAACUAAGAUUAAUUUAUGCAAUGUUUAAGGACAAGUAUAAAAUGAAACAGAGAGAAUGGAGUUUUCAAGUGUGUUUAUUCAUCUCAUUCAAGGAGAUAUUUAUAGGAAUACAAUUGAGAUGUGAGAUGCUUAAAGAAUGA